AUGGAGUCGUCCACGGUGACGGCCAAGGAGGCGCUGCUGGACCAGCUCGGGGGCCUCGGGGGCAAGCUGAAGGACGCCGAGGGCGACGUCGCCGAGGUGUUCAACCCGGGCGAGUUCAUGCCAGUCUUCGACCUGAGGGUGUUCGCGGACUUCACGACGGCGCCGUACGCGCCGCGGUCCAUGGCGGGGCGCAGCGUGUUUCAUGGGAAUCCCUCGGGCGCCCUGUCAUGGAGGCGAGUUCGAGCGCUCGUGGAGCCAGUGAUGGAGAUCCUGAACGGGAUCAGUGACGAGCUCUGCGUCGGCCAGCGCCUCAACGAGCCCUCGAUCGGCCGAGGCCGCGGAGUAUAUUGCGAUGGCGUCGCGGGCGCGAAGUUCGACGCGGGGGCCGCGAGAAAGGGGCGCCGAGAAGAGAUGGACUGCGUGGAGAUGCUGGGCGUCUGCGAGCGGGCUCCUGUCUCGAAGUUGCCGCUGGGCGGCUGGGUGGUUGUGGGCCUGAGCGACUUGGGCUGGCCUGAGAUCAAGCGAAGGCUGUUUGCCAAUGAAACGAAGAGGCUAUCCAAGCUCGGCCUGGGCGACGCCGCGGCCGCGUCUGCGGCGACCCCUCCGCUAGAGGCGCGCCUGCGCUCGGCUGAGACGGGAGGUGCUCUCGGGCGCGCCGCGGGGGGAUUCGAAGUGCGAGCCUGGGUGGCGCUGGCGACCCAGGAAGGCGAUGUGCGGAACCGCGGAUGCCAGGGCCGCAUUCGACAUGGCGGCGGAGCGGAUCAUGAGGGACCUCGGAGCGCGAUGCGAGGGGAGCUCGGCACUUGCGUCGACCGGGAGGGCUCGCUCUAUGCGCGGCGGCACGGCGGCGAUUUCGUCGCGCUGGGAGACCGCAGGGGGCCUGCGGAGUUCGCGGGGCGGCUGGGCGAGAAGCUGUCCGUGAAGGCACGGGGCGCACUAGGGCCUGGCCCGUGGAGACGGGGCCCCAGCGAGAUAGCGGUGCCCAACCUGAUCGCCGG